CUGCUAGUCAUUUGUCGGAUUUAUAUACGAAAUGUUGUGCGAAGUAAAGUGAGUACAGUGAGUACAAGAUAAAAGAUUCAAGCAUGUGAAAAAAGUACAACAAAAUGAUUUGUAGUGGGCUAAUCUGUGAUUAUUGAAAUUUAUGUGUUCAAAGUAAAUUGGUUUCAAAAUGUUAAAAAGGUGUUUAAAUAACGGAAAAGAGAAGUGAACUAGCAGAAAAACGAUGAUCAAUUACGAGAAAAGCAAGAUGAAAAACAGAUUUUCCAGUUUCGCGACUGCACGACUUCAACAGGCCUGAAGAUUUACAUCGUAUCCGAGUGGAACAUAUGGAAAGGCAAUUGGCAAAUCUUACUGGGCUUGUACAGAAGGCUUUAACCCAGAAACCUUCGACGGUAAUAAGCAGUGCUCAAAACAAUUUGGGUGCACAAUAUCGAGCAGACAAAUCGGUUUCUUUUGAAAAGUCCGUUUCAUUCAGCGAUGAUAUACAAGGAGAAUCGAAAACCUACACACCAUUGAGUUCAGCUGAAACGAAACCGUCAAAACCUGCUAUAAAAUCAUCCACAUUGCCGAGAACAUCCUCACAAGAUGAAAUUUUACCAUGAUGUUUUUUACUGUGU